GUGGUGCUGAAAGCAGAAAAACACAUUGAGGCUCCAGUUGCUGUGCAGCCGGCAAAGCGAGGGCAUACAAGACACACGAGACAAAAACUCAAAAUGACCAGCCGUAGAAGAAGACUGGGGGUAUGAGUGUUCCUGAAGAUGAGUUGAGAAGCGCACAGCAAGAGAAAACAGCAGUCCAGGAAAAGGAAGGAGAGAGCGGUAGAUACGAUGACGCUGUAGUGGAAGGUGGCGACAGUAGGCAGUGGGCGUGUUCUUCUUGUUUUGAUCUAUAGUUGGGAAGCCGGUGUCAUCUGCUUAAGCCUGACUAUUCCAACCUGUGUGGCUGAGCUGGACAGAGGGAGCCGGCAGGGAAUGCCAUAUCUGGAAACCCACACCAUUCUGCUCUAACUUGGUCUCAACCUUCAGGGCACUGCGAAUGAGGAGCCCUUUCACCUGUGGGACACUCUGGGACAUUUUGUGCAUUUGGACUUAUUAAUGCAGAAAGACAGGCACUGUGAAGGAAGCAUUAGAAAAAACGCGAGUGUUAUGGCUGCAACUGCAUGGGGAGUUUCAUGUGAGAGUGCAUGAGUGUGUAUUUGUGUCGUGCUUGCAGUUGCGGGUGCGGUCUGUUGCUACACUGCGUCUCCCUCUCGUCUCUAGAAUGUGCAGAUGUGUGGAGCAGUAAAGCUGGCACCUGGCUUGGAGUUUGACAACAUCUGGACUGGAGGGGCUGCAUCUCCCAUUUCUGCCCAGUGGGGGGGGCAUUGGGCUGGGCACCCAAUGGCCCAGCUCCCCUCUAACACCAGAAUUAUCCCGGGUCACAGGGACUCCUUCUAGCUAGCCAAUAAGUUGGACCAUACAAUGGAUGGAAGUCUACUUGGAUUUAAGUGGAAUAGUGCACUGGUGCUCCAGCAUCGUUCAGAGUUCACUAGUGUGCACUGGACUCAUCAGGGGAAGACAGAAGACACGUUGGUCCACAAACCUGCAGGGACACAGCCUCAUUAAUGCUGUGGAAACACUUGAAGAAUGAUGAGCUCCAAAGAGGAGGAAACUCUCCGUUUUUUCCAGUAUGUUGAGGAGAAUGGGCUGAGAGCCUACAAUGGCCUGGUAGCACAGAACUUGGACCACGCCAGGAAUGAGAGAAAUAAGGCAUACCUGCAGGAAAAAAACGACAAGAAGAGAAAACAGGAGGAAGCCAUAAGGAGGACGGGUGAAGACAUAGCAACUGAAGGCAAGCACCUGCGUAUGGGCUCUAUUACCAUGCCGGACCCCCAGGAGCGCAUGUCCAUGCCCCACCCGCAUGCCCUUGCCUGUGGGCAGGGCUUCUCUGUGCGCUCCCAGUCCCUCCACUCUGUCGGUGGUGGGAACAGUGGGGGUGGAGGAGAGGAGGAAGUGGGAAGCCCGACCUCCAGGAAGCAGCCCCCUCCCAAGCCCAGGAGGGACCCGGCCACCAAGCUGAGCAUGUCGUCUGAGGCUGUGGACCACAGUCCCAUGUCCACCUGCCGCGGGGAGAGAUGUGACGCAGCUCAAGGAUGCAGUGAGGACUGUAGGAGGGUGCCGCCACCGAAGCCCAAGAGGAACCCCAAUACACAACUGAGCGUUUCCUUUGAUGAGUCCUACAUCAAGAGUCACAGAGGCAGCGGGGUUUGUCCCUCCAAACACCUCCACCAUGUCACCUCACCCUGCGAACGCAACUCCUCGCCUCCACAGAGCGAUGAGAGCCCUACAGAUGACUAUGAAGAUGAACCUGUCUACAUAGAGAUGGGCGGCAUUGAUGUCGGAGCACGGGAACCACUGAAGAGUGAGGAUGAGGAGCCAGGAGAGUCUGUGUAUGAGGAAAUGAAGUACCCAGCUCUGGAUGAUAUGGAGUACCGUACAGACCCUGUGGGAUGCCGCUCUGCAUGCCCAACCCCUGCACCCUAUGACCCUGAACCUCUCAGUCGCUGCUCCACACCCCGAAACAUUCCCCUCUGUGACAUUCCUGCACCUUUUCCCAAUUUACUCACCCAUCGGCCUCCGUUGUUGGUGUUCCCGCCAGCACCAGCACAGUGUUCACCCAACUCAGACGAGUCUCCCCUCACCCCUCUAGACGUAACCAAAUUGCCCAUGCUGGAGAACCAGUCCUACAGCAAAUCCCCAACAUCCUCAACUGAGCCAGCAUCCUCUGCACACAUCCGCAGGGAGCUCACUGCUACCCCAACCCUCACCGUCUCUGGGCGCUCUUCUGCACCCCCUCUACCCUGCACCCUCUACAAAUCAUCCUCAUCGUCUUCCUAUCAGCGCAGCCACUCUGCUUGCCCAUCGCCCGUCAGCAUGGGUCGCUGUCUCACCCCUCUGAGCCUCAUGCGUACACCUCCCUUUGACGCUGCAAUGCCAUUCCCUGGGGGUCUGCCUCGCAGUGCCUCUGCCACACCUCAUGGCAAAGGCUCCCCACCUCAAGAUGGCGUGGGUCGGCUCCAUGGCUCAAUGCAGAAUGUGUCAACGGGGCGAUCGCGGACACCCACCAGCCCGCUGGACGAACUAACCAACCUGUUCACCACAGGCAGGAACAUGCUGAAGAAAAAUGCAAGUGGCAGAAAAUCUAAAGAGCCUGGAGAAACUGAGUCCAAAAGCAAGUCUCACAGUGAGUCCAAGAGCAAGUCUCACAGUGAGUCCAAGAGCAAGUCUCACAGUGAGUCCAAGAGCAAGUCUCACAGUGAGUCCAAGCGGGAAGGCAAGGAACGCCACAGUCACAAUAAGGAGUCCAAGCGAGACUCCAAGGAGCGCCACAGCAAAGAGUCUUCGCACCGGAGAGACAGAGACAAAGACAAAGACAAAGACAAAGACAGAGACAAAGACAAAGACAAAGACAGAGACAGAGGGAGCAACAAUGUAGAGCAACUGUCCCACAGACGCAACAGUAAAGACCGUACUUGCAGUAGUGUAGAUGCACCACCUGUUCGCAGGGACAGCAGGGACAAGGGCUGCAGCAGCGUAGAGCCCAUCCCUGUGAGGCGGGACUCCAAAGAAAGGGGCUGCAGCUCCUUGGAACCCAUCUCUUUGAUAAGAAGAGACUCCAAGGACAGAGGGGUCAGCAAUGGAGACUUGAUGCCAAGAAGAGAUAGCAAAGAUCGAAGUGUAGGACACGGAAUGGAGUCUCUGCUGAGACAGGACAGCAAAGACAGGGAGAGACUGCUAGAGCAGCCACCUGAGCUGUUGCCGAGGCAAGACAGCAAGGAAAGGCUGAGGAACGGUGUAGACUCUAGACAUGACAGCAGAGAGAGACUGCUAGAUCAGCCGCCUGAGCUCUUAUCCGGACAGGAUAGCAAAGAGAGACCCAGGAACGGUGUGGAUUCAAAGCAUGAAAGCAGAGACAGGCCACCUGAGCUUUUACCCCGACUGGAGAGCAAAGACAGAGCUAGAACUGGAGCAGAAUAUAGGCAUGAUAGCAAAGAGCAUCGUCCUGACUUGUUACCCCGACAGGAUAGCAAAGAGAGAGUCAGGAGUGAGAUAGAGCACAGGCACGAAGGUAGAAUAGACCAGCCACCAGAGAUCCUGCCACGACAAGAAACUUCCAGAAACGGCAACAGCAAGGACAGAGUUGUCUACAGCUCAGAAUCCAAGAAUGAGGGGAGAGAGCGGAGCUACCACAAUGGAGGUGAUAUUCCUCCUCCACCACUACCCAAGCAGGAAAGUAAAGAUCUGGUCAAAACUGGUCUCGAGGUCAGACGGGACAGCAAAGACAGAAGUCUGAAUGGCUCUGAGCCACAUUAUUUUGAUGUGAAGAACACCAAAAGCGCUGCCGCAAUAGAAUAUAGGUGUGAUAGCAAAGAGAGAGGAUACAGACCUGAUGGCACACCCCGACGAGAGAACAGAACAAAUUACAGCACGGAACAAUCAAAAGCACAAGAGAGGAAUGGUAGCACAACGACAGGGCAGCAUUCAUCCACAACAACACCCACACACCACGGGAGAUCGUCCGGUAGCCCGCCAAUGACUUUGGCAACAGGAAAUGACCUGAAAGCAGCACCGAAAUAUGGCCGCUCACCCUCCGCCCCUGCUAACCCCUCACCAAUGGGAACUCCACAAAGGAGAGCAGCAGAUACACAUCAAAGUCAGAUGCCCCAGAUGCCAUGGAUAUGUGGGGACACCACCAUGCUAGAACAGAUCGAGAGGAAACGCACCCUCUGCAUGGAGAUCCGCUCCAGACAGCACCCGCACCUGCAGAGAUCUCUGGAGAGGCCUCCUCCUCCGCCUCCUCCAGACAGGAAUGAGGACAGGCAGCAGGAGCGUAGUCAGUGCAAGCAGGAGAGUGCAUCUGUCCUCCCAUACUGGGGGAAGAGCAGCGGGGCCAAAAAGAUUCGUCCUCCUCCUUACCCCACACAGACAACCGUAUUCUGGGACACAGCCAUCUGACUGUAACAACACACUUGCACCUCCCUGCCACACAACACCCCCAAUUACCCACUCCCUCUCUCCUCGAGGCUGUGCUGAUUCCUCCCUGCAACAUCAGGGAAAUCAAGACAGGCAUUAAGAGCACCAGGGGGUGAUCCUUUCUGAUGUCAAAGGACAAUGGUGGUUACCAUAGCAAUAUUUCUGCUCGUUCAGGUUGUCAUGUUUUCUUAUCAUCAUUGGUGAUAUUUGAUAUUUUUCUAUUUCCUGUGACUGGAUUCUUGUAAUAUAAUUAGUAGAAUAGAAAUUUGAUGAAUAGAUAUUUUUUAAAUGAGAUGGGGACUAAAAAGCAGCUUAAAUUAUGUAUAGUAGAUGUAGAUACUGUCGAAUGUUUGUUUUUUAAGUUAUUUUUGGUUUGGUUAUUUUACAUUUGAAAGCAUAAUCUAUCAAUACUUGUGCUGUAGUAGCCUAAUUUUCUUAUGCCCAACUCUUUUUGUGCUCAAAAGCACUGAAGUGAAUGGACUAUUGAAUUAUGUCUAUAUAUACUUUACAUUUUCACUGUUGUAUAGUAAGUUGAGGAGUUGACGUCAACGUGCUUUAGAUUCCAGCGCCCUCCAUGCCUGGUCCAGUAUGUUGUAGAAUGUACAACAGUUGGUCCUAGAAACAAAGACAGGAAACUUUCUGUGCUUCAGUUUGUAUAUUACAGUGAGAAGCUGUGUCGUCACUACGUCAAAGCCUUUUGAAGCAGUUGAAUCGUUUUAUAGGUGAACCUGUUGGCUGGCAUGUUGUAGAUGACAAGAGAAAGUGUGAAAUGUUUCUGUUGUAUUCUAAGAUACACUAUGAGGGUGGGAUGGGGAGGUAGUAAAUUAGAACAUACAUUUUAAACAGUAUAAUUUACAAAACCAGCCAAAGCCUGUAAAAGCAAGAUAUGGGUGUGGUUGCACUUGGGAUGUUGGGUUAUUUGAAAUGGGGCAGUGGCAAUAGCUGGACAGUCCCAGGCCCCUUACCUUUGCCAUGCACACUGCGAGCACCAUGACACAGUGUAAAUACUUUUUGCCAACGACCGGCCCGUACAAUCAACACCUGAGCUUUUAGAACGUUUCUUAAUUUAACUGCAGAUUAUAAUAGCCAUAUGCACUUGCUUAAGAAAUAACUUUCAAGAUUAUGCUUAUAUAUAUAUUUUUGAAAAUGUUAGGAGUAGCGAGCUGUGCCAUGUAAGUUUUAAUUUAUUGGCUGGGAAAUUAAAGCCUCAGGAGACUGGCUGUGUGUGACAUACGGUCAUCUGUGAUGUAGCUGUCUCUGACAAUAUUCCCAAAUUGAAUUGGCUGGCAACCAUUUUAAAAAUCAAGUCUUUUAAGGACCUAUCACAUGGCAACAGCUCUACCCAGUCAAAAAGACAGGGGUUGCACAAGGGCCUACAAAUAUUUGAGGCUUUGUUGAAAAAAGAAAAAAGAAAUGCACUACCCAUCAUCUUCCAUCACAUUUAAUCAGGCUGGUAACAUACAUUUCCUUCCCCCCCAGCUCUUUCCCUCUACCUCAGCCCCCUGCUUACAUCAUCUAAAUUGGUUCUCUUUGCACAUGAAAAUGCAAUGUCAACAUUGCCAAAAUAGUAUGGGUUUGACAAAUGAGCUAGUCCUCAGAGUGCAAGUGCAGUACCCCUUCUCUGGUGAGAAUCAAUUCUACAGAGGUCCCUCUGUGUUGUGUUGUGUUGUGUGUGUGUGUGUGUGUGUGAGAGAGAGAGAGAGAGAGAGAGAGAGAGAGAGAGAGAGAGAGAAAGAGCCGUGCAUGUAUGCUGUUUGUGUGCCAAGCUACACUGUAUGCAAGUUGAAUCUUUACAAAUGAUUGUUUUAAGACAUUCACUUUGCCCUAUCCAUGGUGUUGGUGGGUGGAGGUUGGAAAUGUAAUAACAAUGAUGUACAAUCUUUUUGUGUGUAUACAUGUGCACUGUGAAAAGGUAGAGAGAGCACCGCACUGUCAGAGUCCUCUGUCCUAUUGCACUGAGUGUUCUCUUGUUUUGCGUAACAAAAAAAGGAAAAAAACAUGUUUGAGGAAAAAAGUACUGUAUUCUGAUUGUCACUUGGGUUCUGUUGAGAGAAAUAAAUAAAUAUGAAGUUGAAACCCA